GGAGCAAGCUGUGACGCUGCCAGCGCACCAAUUUAGCUUGUUACGGCUGAUGGGACGGGUGAGCGCACCAACGGGACAAACGCAUGAGGUCGUGGAGAAUUGCCUACUUGGUCAGAAAAGUGACCUGUAUUACUUUGCAAAGAGGGAAGAGGCACUUCCAUGUACAGUGCAGCAAGUCUGAGUGCAUUGAGUGCACUUGCUGCUGGCGCAGCUCUUUGGGAACUUUGAGGUGGCCAACACUUGUUUGUACUCACAGACACCGGUCCUUGGUCGUCACUUGCGACGGCGAGAUUGGCCCAGCAUGGGUGACAGUAGCUAUGGCCUCUUCAUAGACACCAGCGGUCUGAGCUCGCAAGAAUAUCUCCUGAUAGCUCGUGAGGAUGAAGAGAAGCCAGGGCUGAAGCGUGUGGUCGUAAUCCUGAGCGUCCCCGAAAACAAGUUCCCUGAAUGGCUCUCCCCCUUCUACAACCUGCUACUGGAGAAGGCAUAUGCCGCUUUGGUGAGCUGCUUGAAUCGGCCCGGUGUUUCUUUGAUGCGGUCCAUCGACGCCCAGUUCUACACCGUUCUUGGGCUUCGCUGCUUCAAUCGUGGACUGCCCUUGUUGCCAGAGAGAGUCUCCGAUACGCCCGGGGCAGUGUCCGGCUUGAUGCAGCAUCCACUUGUUUGGAAGCCAUUUCAAGUGGAGGACGCAGAUGGCAAGUUUCGUCUUGCUGCAUAUUUGCGAUGCCUUCUACGGCGGCUGGGUAUGCAGAUUCAGAUCUAUCAGACUUAUGAGGGACGAGCAUUGGUGCCCUACCAGUGUGUCGUGCAAACGCAGCAAUGGCAAGGAAUUCGGAAGCUGCUGUUGGAAGCGCUCGCUCUGCAGAGGACUGCCUAUCGACGUCUCCAUGGUGGCUCCACAGCACCUGCGUUGGUGGAGCAUGCCAAAGUGCGGACCCUUGCGAUGGAUCCAGCGGACCGUGUUGCCACCUCCGUGUGUGUGCCGAAGUGGGUGGUGCGCAACACCUUUUGGGAGCUGGACGAAGACGCGGCCAGCGUGGAGAUGAAACGAUGCCGAUCAGCUGGGCCGAUGACCAUCUCUGACAUUGAGUGUGGCCGCGCAUUUUGAUGGGAACCCUAUAGGCUUGGUAUGGCUUAAGGCGUGGUUUAUUGGUUUGUCCCAGGGGUUCCCAUCGCACAUGCGUGUGGCAUGCCGUCCACCUGCCUUAGGCCACCAGGCAGAACACUUGUAAAGCGCACCCUUUUCAUCAGACCGCCCGGGCUGAAGACCUUUGGGCUCGUUUGGAUGGAGGGAUGUAAUUUUUUCGCUGCCUGAACCGCCACGCUAUACAGCCCUCCAUGUGCGUCUUCGCAUGAGGUGGCAGGGUGGACCACUGUACAGCACCAGCUGUUGAUGGAAGAUGAUGGAAGCUUGGAC